AAAUCUUCAACAAAAAAAUUGAACCGCAUCAUUUUCGAUGCGGUAAACAUUUUGUAAUAAAACCGCGUGAAAUACAGUUUAUUUCAUAGCAAAAAGUGCGUAGCAUUCGCAAUACCUUAUCCUUUGUGUGUUCCAGCCGUUCUAACUCGUGAAAAUGACGAUCGGCAAAAACAACAAAAUGAUCCAGCUCCUGAACUACAGGGUGCGGAUCGUUUUGCAAGACUCGCGUACCUUCAUCGGCACGUUCAAAGCUUUUGACAAACACAUGAACCUCAUCCUGGGAGACUGUGAGGAGUUCAGGAAAAUUAAGCCGAAAAACACCAAACUGCCGGAGCGCGAGGAAAAGCGUGUGCUCGGGUUCGUCCUGUUGCGCGGUGGUAACAUUGUGUCACUCACGGUCGAAGGACCACCGCCACCAGAGGAGGGCCUACCGCGCGUACCAAUACCCGGAGGUGCCGGUGGACCCGGCAUGGGACGCGUGACAGGUCGUGGUAUGCCGACCAACAUUGCCGGUGUACCGGCAGGAUUGCAGGGACCGGUGCGCGGUGUUGGCGGACCAUCGCAACAACAUAUGGCACCGGUGGGUCGAGGACAGCAGGUGUCUGCCCCACCUCAGAUGCGUCCUAUGAUUCCAGGAGGACCACCGCCGGCCAUGAUACCUGGUGUGAAUCCGAUGGCUGGAAUGGCUCGCGGUGCACCGCCACCAAUGCGAGGGCCACCGCCGGGUAUGAUGCGUGGCGGUCCACCUACCAGGCCGUACUAGUGCGACAUUCACUGCCGACAAAUAUAAUUAGGUUUUAUGUUCUUUUUCCUCACAAAUUUUCCCUGGAAACGCUGAUGGAAUUAAUAUAAAAAUAAUAAACACUUUUCUCCAUCAUACACAUGUAUAUGUAACGUUUGAAAUAGCGAAUAAAGAUAAAUGAACUUCUCAUGAAUUUCCAA